AUGCACCUCAGCGCGGACAAACUACCUGGGAUUCCAUCCCUGAAGAAAACUGAUGCUCCCUUCUCCAGCGGCUGCCAGUUGAAUGCGGUUUGUGUGGGAGCUGGGGACAAGCCCAUGAACGAGUAUCGCUCUGUUGUGUAUUAUCAAGUCAAACAACCUCGCUGGAUGGAGACGGUCAAGGUGGCGGUCCCUAUUGAAGAUAUGCAGAGGAUUCAUCUGAGAUUCAUGUUUCGACACCGAUCAUCACUGGAAUCUAAAGAUAAAGGAGAGAAGAACUUUGCCAUGUCCUAUGUGAAACUGAUGAAAGAAGAUGGAACCACUCUGCAUGACGGAUGCCAUGACUUGGUUGUCCUCAAG